GCUCUUAUGGGAAAGUCCUCUGCCGACGAGACACAUGCACACAGUCGCAAAUAAUUCACGGGAGAUUCGAUCUAGGACCGCGGCGCCUAUAACACAAUAACGUUACUAUAACGUCUCGGGUAGGCUUUUACAUGGCUCCAUUUUCUGAUGAUUGACUUCGGCGGACGAUGGACGCGGAUUGGAGCACCCAGCUGAUACAAACGAUAUCCCUCUCCAGUCUGAAUCUUCUGGGCUGACACGGAUACAGAUAGACAGUUGCACGCCGAGCGACGGUGGAGUGCUACUCGGCUCCUGAUAGCGCAUCUACAAUUCCAUUACUGCCGCUACUCUAUGCUGCGUGAGGAUCGCACGGCUCGUGUAGCAGGCUCGUAUAUGCUCCAUAGGAGAGGGCUUCAAGUGGCUUUCGUUCACACCAUUCCGGCUUGAUGUAUUGACUAACAGAUUUAUGUUCCAGAAGAAGAAAGCAAUGCCAACGCUGUUAUGAAGACCCCGCAUUCAAACAAGGUCCUGGCCAACUUGUGUAAUGGUGUAGUGGGUUUGCUCCUCGUAGAAUAAAAGAGUUGCACAUAGUCAUAGACUGAAGGCAAACAUGGAGGAUUCUGCGGAAGAUUCUAGCCCUGUUUUGGUGCAUCGCAGACGACACCUGCGAUUUCCUAACAGAAGAAUCGACAAGACAGAAGACACCAAGGGACCCAGUCACAAUGACAGCUCAGUGCUGGACCACCCAUGGUUCCGUAGUUUCGACCACCUGUGUCUACAGCUGAGACAGGUCUGUCUCAUCUUCCUGACGGCGGUUUUACCGCUCAGUCUCAGCGUCAUCUCGAUGAUCUGGUACAACGGCGGGGGCGGGGGUGCAGCGGGCACGGCCGAGUACAAACUCCCUCAGGCGGUCGCGUCUGAGGUAGACCCGGUGGAAGGCGAGCUGUACGCGACUGAGAACUAUGCGGCCUUGCACCAACAGGCCGACGUCGUGUCACGGGAAAACUUGGAUUCUCUUCUGGUUGUGGACAGAAGACACAAUCUCUCUUAUGAGGACUUUAUCGCGGAGUAUGAUGGGAAGAGACCGGUGAUCUUGACCGACGUGGUUCCUGAUUGGGCGGCCAGCACAUGGUCACGUGAUUUCUUUCUGGAGAACUACGCGAACGACAGUGCAGUUGUCAAAACUGUUGACGGCAAUGGCAGUAUCAGUAGCGCUGCCACGACACUGGCGGACUUCGCGGCCAAGUCGUCCCGAGGCGAGCCGGGGAGAUGGAUGUACCUGGAGGACGAACUGUUCAUCCCGACUCGACCCGAGCUGCGGGCUGACUUGGGCGAGGUGGAGGUGCUCGGGGAAGACUUCUUCCAGCUCUUUCCAAAGGAGGUUCAGCCGUGGGACGCCCUGCUGCUGUGGGGUUCUCCCUCCUCCCGCUCCCCGCUACACAUCGACCCCUACAACUGGACAGGCAUCAACGCCGUCAUCAGUGGCCGCAAGAAGUGGAAACUCUUCCCUCCAGGUCAGGACCAGCGUUUCUAUAUCACACCGGACCAGAGGUGCGGGUUCCCGCUGGACUGCAUCAAAUACAACAGCCCUGUGGACACAUUCAGUCCCAACAACACCAGGCAGUACCCAGACUUCCAGGAGGCUGAUUUUGCGGAGGUGGUUCAAGUUGCAGGAGAACUGCUGGUGAUCCCAACGGGGUGGUUUCACCAGGCGUAUAACAUGGAGGAAACUAUAGCAGUCAGCAGACAGGUUAUGAACACCAACAGUUACCGAGAGGUGAUGGAGGAGAUCAUCAAGGCUGGAAACAUCGACCGUGUUUCACUCCCGCCUAACUUCCCCCAGCUCAGCCCCAGACUGCAGGUUCAGACGCUGGUGGAUCUCUUACCGGGAGAAAUCCUGGAGAAGGGCAGGCUCCUCACAGACGCCGUGCUAGGGCAGAUUAACGGUCUUCUCUAAGAUAUAAAUCAGGCUGGUUGUAAAAAGGAAAGCUGCAGUAAUACAUGCCGAGUCACUCACAUAUACUCCAGAUCUUUACGCUUCUGACAAUUCUAUUGUGCUUCAUUGUGUAAAUGUAAGAAGCAUCAGGCCCGUUGGGUUAGCUUGCGAUAAUGUAUAUGUUCAUGUCAUGCAAGCAAAUGCUGUAAACCCCUUUAAAACGUUCCAAUGUAUAUAAUCAGUACGAUAGGCGUGUCGAGAAACCAUGUCCGUACUAGACAGCUUGACAUGUCCAUAGAGUGAUAAGGUCCUCAUUAAUUUGUACGUAUACAUCGAAGGUCAGACCUGUUACUUGUCAUAUACACACGAGGCUCGGGGGCUUUAUGGUCCUCUGACCAGUUUCUUCAUCUUGACAAUCAAGUGUAAAAUGAUCGGUGUGAAUCUGUGAUCUAAAUAAGACGUACAUCUGCAACGUGAGUUUUCUAAGAAAAAGGUAGGAGACGCUAGCCAAACCACGUGUACGUCAACACUGUAGGUACAACAGCUUACACGUGUGCUAAGGACCGAACUCUGAAGAUGCUACGAUUGUAAAUAAACGUGAAACUUGAGUAACUUCAGACUGCCCCAAUCCUUAUUUCCUUGUUGAGGACAAGCAUAUACGUGCAAUUCCAAAGUCUCUAUUUUGUAUGCUGACGGUAGACAGAAGUAACUAGAAGGUAUUAAACAUUUGCAAGCAAAUAAAGAA